CUUACAAGCGCCAGCCACCGAAGUUGGAGGCAAGCUGAAGUCGUACUUGCGUCUGUUGCCUGAAAAGAAUCAAACGAUGUGGGAGCGGAUGACCCCAAAGUUUCUCGCAGCCCUCACAAGUCAUUCGGAAUGCUUCUGUCAUCUCCAACAAGCCACCAAAGUUGGAGGCAAGCUGAAGUCGUACUUGCGUCUGUUGCCUGAAAAGAAUCAAACGAUGUGGGAGCGGAUGACCCCAAAGGUGCACCUUGGCAAGUAUAACCUUCCAAAGGCCCGACUUAUGGAAGUCAUGGCACUCUUGAAUGAGAACGAAGAUUACAACCUGUUCACAAACAACUGCAAGCACUGGACGAAGAAACUGCUGAAAGAACUUGGCAUAGACUUGGACAAUGCGUCCUUCAUGAAGACGCCGAAUUUCAUCGAUCGCUGUUUGCGCUGGCUAAUGGACUUGGAGUCCAUCUAGCUCUCCUUCAAUUGCACGUUUCUCUGACGAGUGGCAAAGAUGAUGGAAACCAGCCCAACUCCGGUGCGCCACUCAGCGGUUUCAUGUCAAGAUUACGAGUUGGUCUUAAAGAAAACGUAAACGAA